CCAGUACUGAGUCAAUCUGUCAACUAUUCUUUGAUGGCUUAUCUUUCUUUUCUUUCAUCCUACCAGCCUCCCUUGAACCGCAAUCAGAUCCUCCAAUAGCUGCUAUCAGUAAGCUUGUUUGCGGAGAACACAACCACCCAGCACCUCCAAGUACAGACUACCUAAGGCUCGGGAAUUGCUUUUAAAUUUCGCUUUUGCCCCUCCACGGCCAUUCCGCCGAAUAUUCGCAGGCAACUUGUGUUUGAAACCAAACUGAUCCUCCGCAGUGGGGUAGAGAAGUCCGCAGAUAAUGGCUCCGCGUAGCCAGCUACAUGCGCCUCUAAUAUCUCCGUUCAUGUCCUUGUCAAUCUGGACUUUUCUGAUCCUUCCCUUCAUUAUAUCCCUACUCGGCUUUCCCGCACCUGCGGCUGCCAUUGGCUCCGCAGUCAUCGGUAUCGAUGUAGGCACCGAGUAUCUCAAGGCAGCGCUCGUCAAACCUGGUAUUCCGCUCGAGAUCGUUCUCACAAAAGAUUCAAAACGAAAAGAAUCUGCCGCCGUGGCAUUUAAGCCCACUAGGGGUAACGAUGCGCUAUUCCCCGAGCGAUUUUAUGGUGGCGACGCCCUCGCUCUGGCAGCGAGAUAUCCCGAUGAUGUUUACGCGAAUCUGAAAACUCUUCUCGGCGUUCCGUUUGAUGGAGGAGAAAAUGAGAUUGUCAAGACAUACUGGAGCCGGUAUCCUGAUCUAAAGCUGGAGAGUGCUCCCGGUGGGCGUGGCACGGUUGGAUUGCGAAGUAACAGACUCGGCGAGUCACAGAGGAAGGAUGCGUUUCUGGUUGAAGAACUUCUGGCAAUGCAGUUGAAGCAGAUAAAAGGUAAUGCGGAUUCCAUGGCUGGCAAAGGGUCAGAUAUCCGCGAUGUGGUUAUCGCCUACCCGUCGUUCUAUACCGCCGAGGAAAAACGAAGUCUUGAAUUGGCGGCUGAAUUGGCAGGGUUAAAUGUUGAGGCCUUAAUCACCGAUGGUCUAGCUGUUGGCUUGAACUACGCUAUGAGCCGUACCUUUCCCAGUGUGUCCGAAGGGCAGAAGCCGCAGUACCAUAUCGUCUAUGACAUGGGAGCCGGGUCUACAACAGCCAGUGUCCUGCAGUUCCAUGAUCGUGUGAUCAAGGAUAUGGGUCGAUUUAACAAGACUGUUCACGAGGUCCAAGUCCUGGGGACAGGCUGGGACAGGACUCUCGGGGGAGAUGUUCUGAAUGAACUUAUCGUCGACGACAUGGUCGAGAGCUUUGCCGAGGACAAGAAAUUGAAGGAUCGCGUUACCAUAGCUGACCUGAAAGCGCAUGGUAAAACAAUGGCAAAGCUGUGGAAAGAUGCUGAAAAGCUUAGGCAGAUUCUCAGUGCCAACACUGAAACGAGCACAAGCUUUGAAAGCCUUUUUGAAGAAGAUCUAAACUUCAGAUACAAGAUUACUCGCUCCAAGUUUGAAAAACUGGCCGAGAAGUAUGCAGCCAGAGUGGCAAAGCCCUUGGAACAAGCUAUCUCGGCUUCCGGACUAGAGCUUGACGACAUCGAUUCAAUUAUCCUGCACGGCGGCGCUAUCAGGACCCCUUUCGUGCAAAAGGAAUUGGAGAAAGCUUGUGGAAGCCCAAGCAAAAUUAGAACAAGCGUAAACGCCGAUGAAGCAGCUGUAUUUGGGGCUUCUUUCAAGGGAGCUUCUCUCAGUCCUAGCUUUCGUGUGAAGGAUAUCCGAGCCAGUGAUGCUGCGGUUUAUCCGGUUUUGCUGAAGUGGAGUUCGGGCGAAAAGUCGAGACAUAUGAAACUGUUCACUCCCACUUCGUGCGUUGGAACCGAGAAACAGGUGACCGUGAAGAACCUGGAUGACUUUGAGUUGGAAUUCUACCAACAGAUUUCCACAAGCAACGGGGUAACGGAGUUACCAGUGCUGAGCGUAGGAACAAAAAACCUAACUGCCUCGGUGACUAAGUUAAAAGACACGUUCGGUUGCACGGCUGCGAAUGCUACUACUAAUUUCUCAAUCCGCUUAAACCCGGCUGAUGGGCUUCCUGAAGUCGUUAGUGGCUGGGUUGCUUGCGAAGUGGAGAACACUGAGAAGAAGGGUAGCGUUGUGGACGAUGUGAAGGGCUUCUUUGGUCUGGGUUCGAAGAAGGAUGAGCAGGAGCCUCUCGGAGAGGAUGUACAGCGCGGCGAGUCAAUUACUUUGGAGGCAGAGGAACCUCAAACCACAACGUCGGCCUCUGAGAAUGCUACGUCUACUACCAGUGUUGUCACGGAGAGCAAGAAGACAGCUACGCAGACGAAACUGGAGACGAUCCCUAUCAGCCUUACUUCCUCGCCGCUGGGAACCCCAUCCCCAUCUCCUUCUGAACUCAACCGGAUCCGCAACCGCCUCGCCGCCUUUGACGCUUCAGAUAACGAUCGUAUCCUGCGGGAAGAGGCUUUAAACGAGCUUGAGUCUUUCAUUUACCGGAGCCGUGAUCUGGUCGAGGAUGACAAGUUUGUCAAGGCACUCAAGGCGGACCAACUGGCCCUUCUCAAAGAGGAAGUAGCGGCAGCCGGCGACUGGCUCUAUGGAGAUGGCACCGAGGCCAAGGCGGUUGAUUUUCAGGAGAAGCUUAAGUCUUUGCAAGAUAUUGUGAAUCCUGCCCUGCAGAGAAAGAGCGAGAACUCCGUUCGUCCUGCUCGCGUACAACUACUUCAGGACGUACUUGGUAACGUGAAGACAAUUGCAGAAAUAAUGGAAAAGCAGAUUCAAGAUGAUGAAGAAAUGUUCUCGUCGUCUGCCUCUGCGGCGAGCUCUUCAACCACCAGCCAGUCAGAAUCAGAAUCAUCAACAUCGGAAAGUGCAUCAUCUUCUACUACCACAUCAUCAAGUGAUCCUGCCACGCCAUCAUCCGAUCCCCUGGAUGAGCUAGACGAUGAUCCUUACUCGUCCUCAUCCUCAUCCUCGAUGACGACAACAACUUCAACCGCUGCAGCAAAGCCUACUGGACCCAAAUACACCAUUUUCCAGCCUUCAGACCUUUCAUCUCUCACAAGGGUUUACGAGGCCACAAAGAAGUGGUUCGAGACCCAGCUGGCAUUGCAAGAGAAACUGGUCGAGUCGGACGAUCCAGCGUUGACCGUCUCUGAAAUCGAUUCCCGCAUUCGUGAACUCGACAGAUUCCUGACACGAAUGUAUCAGAAGAUGGGCGCCACCACUAAACGCCCUGCGGGUGAUCGCCCUAAGAAGGACAAUAGUAACAAGGAGAAAGCAGAAAAGGCGAAGUCGGAGAAGCAAAAGCAAAAGCAAAAGCAAAAGGAGAAGGAGAAGGAGAAGGCGUCUCGAAAAGAUGAACUGUAGUAUUAUUUUUACGUCGAGCCAUCAGGUUUUUAUGGUUAAAAAUACACAAUACAGCAAUGUUUGGAAUUAUGAAGGCGUUUUUUUUUUCAUCCUAGAGAUAUAGCAGCUAUCUUUGUCGACCAUUUUAUUCCUUGGCUGUAUGUAUGCUUGUAUUCCACCGACGUCAUUUCCAUGCAUAUACAGCAUCUUUUAAGAGAUUUGUUACAUAUUUGAUUGAUUGAUUGAUUUGUUGUAUUAUUUAAC